AUGCAAUUUUAGAUGUUUGUUUGAAUAGAAAGGAUUAAAAUCGUCAUACUGAUGGCUUCUAACGGCGGUAACAUGGUUUGCACUUCCUCUCGACCUUCACUGAACUGUAAUCCAAAAUACUGCAGUACCUUACUGAAGUCGGAACUGUUCGGGCUACACUAAACAGAAUAGUUAUUACUAGCGAUUUGGAGAAGGUGCAAUGCAUUGAGUCAAAGCAUGGAACAGAUUCCUUUGACCAAUCAUAAUACAGCUCUUCCAACUAAUGAAAGUGGAGCCUUUGUAGCAGUUCAGAAUGCAAUUCUGCCUACCAGUCCAGACUUUGAAAUGGAGACAAUUUGUGCUGAUCUUGAACAUGAAAUUGACACAUCGCUUCUUGACGAUAUUGAUUUAUAUUUAGAAUGUGACGACGAUGAUGUAAAUUUCACUGCCCCAGUUCCUAAGGACUAUAAAAAUGUCACUUUUAGAAUUAGUUUUUAUCCAGGAACUCAAAACUGUGAAACAAAUACCAGAAGAAAGUUUGUUUGUAAAAUUUGCAAGGAGGAAUUCAAAAUGGAAACCAAAUUCAAAAGUCAUAUGGUGGAACAGCAUGAUAUCAAGAAACCUUUUGUCUGUAAUAUUUGUUCAUACAAAGCAGCAUCCAUGAAAUUACGGAAACAACACUUUGUUAAAGUGCACAAGAUAGAAAAAAGCUGUGGAACAGAUUAUGAUGUAAUCAGUGACAAUGGACCAAAAAUGAAGUUUGUCUGCAGCAAAUGCUCAUUCUUUACUACAAGGAAAGAUGAACUUGUCAGUCACUUUAAUAAAAACCACAGCCACACAGAUAAAUCGUUUUCUUGUGACCAAUGUAAUUUUGUUUGCAAGCAAAAGAAAACUUUUUCACUACAUUUAAAAAAACAUGAGGGAACUUCAUCUGAAUUAAUUUGUGAAAUCUGUGGAAAAGAAUUCAUGACAAACACCCAAUUUAACCGGCAUUAUAAAACGCAUAGAGGGGAACGCCUAUUUAAAUGCAGUCUUCCUGGGUGUCAGAGGACUUUUAAAAUCAAAGGAGCGUUGACUGAUCAUGUGAAAUCUGUUCAUAGAUUUGAAAAAAGUAAUAUGAAAAAAAUUGGUGAUACAAGUGGUCAGCCUAGUAGUGAUUUGAGUGACCAAACAUAGCAUUUUCAUUAUUUGUAGCCUUUUACUCUAAGAAUUUCUCAUUAAUAAAAAUGCACUAUUUAUUGCAGGUUAAAGAAUCUUUAAGUAAAUGUAUUGAGUAUGGAACCUCUAGGUUUUCAGAAUGACUAUUUAAACACAUGUUUUACAGUGUUACUACUUUAUUUAACUCGCCUGCCUUGAGAAACUUCUCAAUAACCCGGGGUUAUUGGGCCUGUAGCAUGCUGAGAUGAUGAGCUAUCAAUAUUCUCAAUAUUGGAAAGGUCUAAGAUACUGCUAUUGUGACUGUGAUAUGCUGGGGUGGAGGGCUACCAAUUUAUUUUAAGUGAAUGACCUUGAUCCACUUUCAAAGUCAAAUGGGUCAAAUAUGUCAAAUCUUCAAACAACUUCUUCUCAGUUACCAGAAGGAACAGGGUAAUUUCCAACCUGCACCAUGCUGGAGUUAAGGGGUACCAAGUUUGUUAAAUGAUCUUGACUUACAUUGAAGGUUAUCGGGGUAAAAUGAGUUAAUACCUUCAAAUUGCUCUUCAAUAACUAAUUGGCCAGAGUCAUAUUUGUGUAGUAGCAGGCUUGGAGAAAUGGUUUUUUUUAAUUGUUUCAAGAAAUUCAGUUAAUGAAUGAACAAAGUCUUAUUUGUGAUCUGCAGAAUAGGUGAGCAAUGCAGGCCCAUUGGGCCUUUAGUGUUAUAUGUAUGUGAGAAUUCCUAACCCAAACUCUCAUAACUUAAAGAAUUUAAGACUGGAGUCCAAAACCAAUCCAUUGUAUUGUGAUGUAAGGAUGAAAAUGACAGACUUGUGUCUCUCUGUGAUAAUUUUCAAGGCACAUGUAUCUCUAUAUAACUGUCAGAAGAAGUCAAGGCCAAAUUUUAUGCGAAUGAACCUCGGGGUUUUUGAAGAUGAGUUGUAAAAUCGUUAUGUCUUUUGAUCUUAUAAAUGAUAUAUUUUCCAAUAAUGAUGAACAAAUACAAUGUUAUGCAAUUCAUAAUAUUUUGUGGCAAACAUACAGAUGUUUGUAUUUACAUGUUGAGAC